UUUGCUUCGCCUCUCUAAGUCCCAGCAGAAAUAACAUUCAGACGCCAAUAACAACCUGCUUCACCAAAACUCUAUGCACCUCUCCUGCCCACCAUGGAAUUGGUUCUUCCUCUGAUGAAGAGGAAAUAGUGAUUAAUAAGCCUAUGGUAGAAUACAGGAGAAAGAAAACAAACAUCGCACUCGGAAUCACAAAGAAGCUGCUUCUGAACGAAGCCAAGGACUCAAACCUAGUGUGCACGCCGCUUUCCAUGCAAGUAGUGCUCUCUCUUCUCAACUGUAAAACCAAUUCCACCUUUGACGACCGUGCGUUGGCGCUCGAGCUCGCGGCUCGGGUGUUUGUAGAUGGGUCCCAAAAAGGUGGGCCCCGCCUGUCAUGUGCCAAUGGCCUCUGGGUGGACGAGUCAGUCCAUCUAGAGCCUUCUCUGGAACAGGCAGUGGGCAGUGCCUACAACUCGGCUCUGCACCGAGUGGAUUUCGAAACCGAAUAUGAGGAAGUGAGAACUAGAGUUAAUUCAUGGGUGGAAGAGGAGACUAACGGCCUCAUCAAAGCUGUUCUUUCUCGGGGCUCAGUAAACAGCCUAACGAGGCUCCUAUUUGCAAAUGCAUUGUACUUCAAAGGAGAUUGGGCCAAAAAGUUUGAUGCAUCAUUGACGAAAAAGUAUGACUUCCACCUUCUCAAUGGGAACCCAGUUAAGGCAGUGCCCUUCAUGACCAGCUGCAGGAAGUGGCAGUACAUAAGUGAAUUUGAUGGAUUCAAAGUCUUAAAACUUCUGUACCGAACAGGAAAAGACAAGCGGGUGUAUUCCAUGUGCUUGUUUCUUCCGGAUGCAAAAGAUGGUCUGCCAGCUAUGGUCGAGAGACUUAGUUCUGAGUGUGGCUUAAGAAGCCACAUUCCAUAUUCAAAAGAAAGGGUGGGUGAGUUCAGAAUUCCAAAGUUCAAGUUUUCUUUUGACUUUGAAGCUUCCCGUGUUCUUAAGGAGUUGGGACUUCUGGGAGGUUUGACAGAGGAGGUGAAAUCACGCGUGGGUGAGCCACUAUUUAUUCCCAGCAUCUAUCAGAAAGCCGUCAUUGAAGUUAAUGAGGAAGGCACCGAAGCUGCAGCUGUUACUUGCGGGAUAAUGGUGUAUGCAGCUUCACCUCGUCCUCCUAAACCUAAAGUGAUAGACUUUGUGGCUGAUCACCCAUUCAUGUUCAUGAUUAGAGAAGAAGUAACGGAAACAGUUCUGUUCAUUAGUUAUGUGCUCAAUCCACUACUUGAGGGCUGA